AUGUCAAACCUUACUGACAACAGGACCCUGCCGUUUCUAAACUGUCCUGGGAAUCCUGAUGUCAUACGAAUCGCUAAAACCUUCGCGUACGGCGUGAUAAUAUUCGUUGCGCUCACAGGGAACUGCUUCAUCGGAGCCAUAGUCUUCAAGACGAAAUCGAUGCGCAGAACAAUUAACUAUCUCAUUGUAAACAUGGCUAUGUCUGACCUCCUGCUUCCAAUUUUCGCAUUCCCACGCAUCCUCACAGAACUGUACGCUGGUUAUUGGCUCAUAGAUGGACCCACGGGCUUAGCACUUUGCAAACUAUGCUUCUUUUUGCAGGAUGUUUCUACUGCCGUUUCGAUCCAAAGCCUGGUUUUGAUAGCCGUAGAUCGAUUUGGAGCUGUGGUUUUUCCCUUUAGGCCUCCAGUCGUCAGCUCAAAGCUUUGCCCAUACUUCAUUUUCUCUACCUGGACCGUUGCCAUGGCCAUCCAUUGUCCCUACUUUUUUGCCCGUAAACUGGUGAAGAUUCAAGGAAAACUGUCCUGCGAGUUGCUGUGGAAUGACGCCUUUGGAAUGUCAUCAUCACUGAAAAAUUACUACAUCGCCAUGUUUAUUAUUCUGGCUGUCAUCCCAUUCACUCUCAUGGCAAUACUUUACUCCAUCAUCAUUUGUAGCCUUAGGUCUCAAAAGAUGCCAGGUGGAGAAUCAGUGAACGCUAAGGAACAGGAAAAGCGAGUGAGAAGGGACAGAAACGUUCUCAAGAUGGUCAUUGCCAUUGUUUUAGGGUUUGCUUUAUGCUGGGCACCUUUUAACGUCCAAGCUUUUUUAACAUUCUUUGUGUGGGACAAAAACCCUGCACCAAGUUGUGGUUUUAGAGCCUUCGGCUUUUUUGCUCUAUUCAUGGCCUACGCAAACUGCGCCAUAAACCCAUGCAUUUGCUUUACCUUUAGUGGCAAUUACCGCAAAGGCUUCAAGAGCUUUUUUGAGUGCUGCUCGAACAAGUGUGAUUGUGGAUGUUUUGGUUCCAUGCGUAGCCACUCAUGGAAUCUCCAAACAUGGAGCUCAAAGGAAGAUGGGCAAAAUGUCACACUUUCUUCCCUUGCCUAG